UCACGAGGACGCGCAAUGAAGAGAGAUCUGUAGCCUAAAAUCGGCUUUGAUUGAUAAGUAAAUCCGCUGUGUCGAUUUGUAAGGUUGAUCAAUUAAAAAAACGUAUCACAACACCUUAUGGUGGAACCUUGGGAAUCGCGACGGACGCGUUUUAAUGGUACACAAACAUGGCGGCUUACAUAUGCACGAGAUUUUGUAUAAACAAGUUCAAAGAUUCGGUUAGAUUUAUUCCGCGAAGGUAUCGAGUUAAAAGCAAAUGGGCACAAACAAGGCCAAAGUUCCCAUCGACGACUAUUGCUCUGCAGAACUUUGAUGCAACCUACAGUAUCCAGUUAGGAAACCUGUGGCCGUCAGUUCGAGCGGCCAUGCUGUCUGAACAAAAAUAUGGAGCGUUGAUAAACAACUUCUCUUCAACAGCCAGCCUAAUAACAUCUGAAUUAGAAGCUGAAGGAUGUAUAGACUUUAUCGGAUCACAUCAACAUUCAGAGGACUCCAUGCCUUUACAUACAGAUUCUGCAGAGGUUGAUGUGUCAAAACAUGCUACCCACGAACCCAGAAUAAGUCCUGAUAUCAAAUGUCUUGUUUUCCCUCAAGGGGACAUAUCUCGAUUUAAACCGUCAAGACAAGACAGCUCAGGCUUAUUAGGAUAUUAUCUACUGGAUGCUGCCUCGGUGCUGCCUGUAUUAGCUUUGGAUGUCCAGCUGGGAAACACAGUGCUGGAUCUAUGUGCCGCUCCUGGAGGGAAGACACUUGCACUCUUGCAGACACACACAGUCAGUUAUCUGUGGGCGAACGACUCAUCGGGCUCUCGGACUGCACGGCUUUGCAAGACUCUGCAGAGUUACCUGCCCAGAGAGAAUCUAGAGGAAAACAAGAUCCAAAUUAGCUCUUUUGAUGGUUGUAAAUUGGGCCCAAUAGAGGAGAAACGCUUUGACCGAGUCCUAGUAGAUGUUCCUUGCACCACGGACAGACACUCUGUAAUGGUGGAAGACAACAAUAUGUUUAACAGGUCCAGGACCAAAGAGAGACAAAGACUUCCCCUUCUGCAAAUACAGCUUCUUAUGGCUGGGAUCCAAACGGCACGACCGGGAGGAGAAAUAGUCUACUCCACAUGUUCACUGUCCCAGCUGCAGAAUGAGUGUGUGGUGCAGCAGGCCAUCUGUCAGGCUCAGGAGAUGGGAAUCUCAGUGCAGGUUCAGGAUCUUGGAUGGUUAACCCGGUGCUUUUCAAAUACAUUUUUUUUUGCUCCACAAUUAAGUGUGGGUGAGCUUGUUUUACCACAUUUAUGUGCCAACUUUGGACCAAUUUAUAUGUGUAAAUUACGACGAAGUAACUAGCUGGAUAUUUUGUAUCGGUCUGUGAAGCUCUGAAAUGCCACAAGUUACUGCAAGACUGCACUCUAGCGACUAGACAUGGAACUCCUGAUCGUCAGAAAUGCAACGCGCCCUGAAGAAUUUAAGUACAAAAACGAUUGCCACAAACUGUUUUAAAGAAUACCAGCAAAAUAUCUUUGAUAAUCUGCAUUUUCAGGAGAGUUUGGCCUCUUCACUGAUCUUUGUGCAAAUGUAUUUUCUGUCGUUUCUCUGCAGUUUGUGUCAUACCAGUGUUAUUCAGUAGAGGGCGGUGACGGUUCGUUAUACAAAUCUUGACUCUGGGUUAAAACAGCCCAGCGGCAAAUUAAACUAACAGAAAGUUGACGUUAAUUAAAGACCUCUAUCUGUA